AUGUCAGGUCUGAUUUCGAAUAGUUUACGAUUUGCAACCAUAACUACAAAUUUACCUCCAUGUUGUUUAAGAAUAUACGCAAGAGAUACGUCUAAAAUAUUUAUAGGGACUUAUAAACUAGAAGACAGUGGUCACAAACAUGGAUCAUUAGAUCUCUAUACUUACAAAAAUGAAAAAUUGGAAAUGGUUGCAAGUAUAGCUACAUCAUCAGCAAUACUAGACCUAAAACUACAUCCCAGGGAUCCUAAUUUAUUAAUUACCAGUCAUUCAAAUGGACAUAUCAUGAUAUGGAAGUAUCUUGAAGAUGAAGAUAGAAUUGAGUUGAAAGAUGAUAUAACUAUAGAUGAAGAGACUUUAAUAACUUCCAUAUUCUUCAAUCCGACUCAAAACUCAAUACUAUUGACUUAUACUAAUGGAUACUCAAGUAUAUUCAAUCUAGAUACUUUCAUUAAUGAAUAUUUAGACUCAUUUCAUGAUUUGGAGUGCUGGACGGGUUCAUUUGGUGAAAUUAAUGAACUUCAAAAUGUUGUAUUCACUGGUGGUGAUGAUUCUAAAUUAAUAGCUCGUGAUUUAAGAUCAAACAGCGAGAUAUGGUCAUUGAAAAGAGGUCAUGAAGCAGGUAUAGUUUCAAUACUAGCACCCAAUCAGAAUUGGAAUUCUCAAAUGUCGAAUAAUUUAUUAACUGGUUCAUAUGAUGAUAAACUUCGAAUAUUAGAUUUGCGAAGCGUAGACAAUAAUGAAUUAAUACUGGGGAUAAUACCAAGAACUAAUUAUACUGAGAAUCUCGGUGGUGGUGUAUGGAGAUUAAUUCCAAGUCCCGUUGAUAAUCGAUUAUUAACUUGUUGUAUGUACGAUGGAGCUAGAAUUAUAGACAAUAUAACAGAAAAUUCAUUUGUGGUUAGUAGAUAUUUCAAAAAAGAUCAUCAGAGUAUGUGUUAUGGUGGUGAUUGGUCAAUUGAUGGUCAGUUUAUCGCCACAUGUUCAUUUUACGAUAAAACUGUUCAAAUUUGGUCACCCAACGAUAUAGAAUAA